CUAAUGCAAUUACAGCCAUAAUUAAUGUUGACGGCUGUGUUUGUAUGAACUACGAACUGAUGAGCGGAGGUACGACUGUAAAAAAGAUCGCUGGUAGCCGUAGGACAGCCAAAUAUAGGUUCCCACCAACCUAACCACUCCAAUCCAAUUUCCACAAUAUAUAAUCACACUACACUUCCAAACCCUAUCUCUCUCUCUCUCUCUCACGCAUUUUCGGGUCCCUUCUCCAACACGAGAAGCCACGGCGCAAUGGCGGCUGCACCUACCCAUUUCUCCGCUUCCACAACCGCCUCCUCUUCUAAACCCUUAAUGCCUCCUGCUCGAGCGCCGGCUACCUCCUUCGGCUUUCUAUCAUCCUCGUCCCCUUCCCUUAAUCCGCUCCGGGCCUCGUCUCCUUCUUCCUGCUCUGCUCUGGCGGCGUCCACCCCCGCCAUUAAGCCCCCGGCACCCCUGGAUUUCCACACGCCACUCUUCACAAAGGAGAAAAUCAACCUCGCCGGUGACGAUGAGACAUUCCAUGGAUAGAGUAUUUAUGGUUUGGACAACGCUGUUUUAUGUUACUGGUGAAAAUUUUAUUGUUGGAAUUCUUGGUGAGAUAUUGAAAAAGUCAGCUGGACAAAAUUAUGUCCAUAUGCCUAUUUCUUACAUUGUAAGAGGUGGAAGAAACUUGUUUAAGUUGUUGCCAGAUGCAUUCAAGGGUAUAAAGCAGAUUGGAGUCAUUGGUUGGGGCUCACAGGGACCUGCUCAAGCUCAGAACUUAAGAGAUUCUCUUGCUGAAGCAAAAUCUGAAAUUAUUGUCAAGGCAAAUAUUGGUUUGAGGAGAGGAUCAACUUCAUUCGUUGAGGCCCGAGCUGCUGGUUUUACCGAAGAAAAUGGGACCUUGGGAGACAUAUGGGAAACUGUUUCCGGCAGUGAUUUGGUGCUGCUUUUGAUAUCAGAUGCCGCUCAGGCUGAUAACUACGAGAAGGUGUUCUCCCACAUGAAACCAAAUAGCAUACUUGGACUUUCCCAUGGGUUCCUCUUGGGUCAUUUGCAGUCAAUGGGUCUCGACUUCCCCAAAAACAUCAGUGUGAUAGCUGUAUGUCCCAAGGGAAUGGGACCAUCUGUAAGGAGGUUAUAUGUUCAAGGGAAGGAAAUUAAUGGUGCUGGUAUUAAUUCCAGUUUUGCAGUUCACCAGGAUGUUGAUGGGAGAGCUACUGAUGUUGCCCUUGGGUGGUCUGUUGCCCUUGGUUCACCUUUUACUUUUGCCACCACAUUGGAGCAGGAGUACAAGAGUGAUAUCUUUGGGGAGCGAGGCAUUUUGCUUGGCGCUGUGCAUGGUGUUGUGGAAUCCUUAUUCAGAAGGUACACUGAAAAUGGAAUGAGUGAGGAUCUUGCUUACAAGAACACUGUGGAGAGUAUUACCGGAAUCAUAUCGAAGACUAUAUCAACAAAGGGUAUACUGGCUGUCUAUAAUGCAUUAAGUGAAGAUGGAAAGAAAGAAUUUGAGACAGCAUACAGCGCUUCGUAUUAUCCAUGCAUGGAAAUCCUAUACGAGUGCUAUGAAGAUGUAGCCACUGGCAGUGAGAUAAGGAGUGUUGUCUUGGCUGGCCGUCGCUUUUAUGAAAAGGAAGGUUUGCCUGCUUUCCCGAUGGGCAAAAUUGAUCAGACACGGAUGUGGAAAGUUGGGGAAAAAGUUCGAGCGGCACGUCCAGCUGGCGACUUGGGACCUCUUUACCCUUUCACUGCAGGGGUCUUUGUUGCCCUCAUGAUGGCCCAGAUUGAAAUUUUACGGAAAAAGGGGCACUCUUACUCGGAGAUCAUCAAUGAGAGCGUGAUCGAGUCAGUUGAUUCAUUGAACCCGUUCAUGCACGCGCGAGGUGUCUCGUUUAUGGUGGACAACUGCUCUACAACGGCUCGGUUGGGAUCAAGAAAGUGGGCCCCAAGAUUCGACUACAUUAUAACUCAGCAGGCUUUGGUUGCAGUGGACAAUUCUGCCCCUAUAAAUCGGGACCUCAUCAGCAACUUCCUCUCGGAUCGCGUGCAUGAGGCCAUUCAAGUAUGUGCUCAGCUAAGGCCCACCGUUGAUAUUUCGGUGCCCCCGGAUGCUGAUUUUGUCCGUCCGGAGCUCAGGCAAACUGCCAACUGACCUCACUACAUUCUGUUUUUUCUUGUACAACUAUGUUGAUGUAAUUUGCUACUUUGGAGUGUACUGAGAUAAUGAUAUAGCGUGGACUUACACACUAGUAGCUUGUCUUCGGCAAUGAAAUGAAAUGAAACAAAAUAAAAUGUGGACUUACACACACUAGUUGGACUUUGAGGUUGUUAGUUUGGUAUUCGUAGAUUGAACUCAAAUCUAUAUCCAUAUAAAAAGUUUAAUAUUUACUUGAAAAGUAACUAAAAUCCUACCAGAAAAUUUAAAACUUACUAAUCUUGGUAAUUUUUUUUUUGAAUCAAU